UCAAAACUCUGCGGCAUGCAGACAAGAGCUGGGGGGAGGGCAGAUACUAGAUCUGUGCUGGAGAGUCUCGCUAUCACUAUCCAUCUUUCUGUUAUCAGAUAGACUACAGUAGUACCUUUUAUUUAUAUUCAUUUGUGCGUCUGAGACCUGUUUAAUUGGCUCUCUUCUCCCUGAAGCCUAGGUGGUACAGUAGGAUUCUCUCUCUCUCGCUCUCUCUCUCCCUCUCUCUCUCUCUCUCGCUCUCUCUGUCGCUGCUGUAAUUGUUUCAUCCCGGCGUUUAUUGCAUUAGGGCGCUUUUUCCACAUCUUCAGGGUCCAAACUUUUAUGACAAAAUGGCCAAGGAUGGAGAAAAAAGCGGGUGGAAGGAAUUUAUAUGGAACCCCAGGACGAGGGAGUUUCUGGGCAGGACGGCUAGCAGCUGGGGUCUUAUUCUUCUCUUCUAUGUAGUUUUCUACAUCUUCCUGGCCGGCUUGUUUGCCCUCACCAUGUAUGUCAUGCUGCAGACCUUGGACGAGCACAAACCGACCUGGCAGGACAGGCUCUCCACACCAGGCAUGGUGAUUAGACCCAAAGCAGAUGAGACCUAUGAGAUCGUGUACAACAUCCAGCAGACCGAGAGCUGGGACAUGUACGCUCAGGCCCUGAACAAGUUCCUUGGACCCUACAACGACAGCGUCCAGGCCGAGAAAAACACUGAGUGCACCCCGGACCAGUACUUCCUGCAGGAGGACAGCGGCGAAGUGAAGAACAACCCGAAACGCUCCUGUCAGUUCAACCGCACCAUCCUGGAGGACUGCUCUGGAAUCAAUGACCGUUUCUACGGAUACCAAGAGGGCAAGCCAUGCAUCAUCAUCAAGCUGAACCGGGUGAUCGGCAUGAGGCCAGGGAGUAACGGUCAGGCUCCGUUCGUCACCUGCGGUGCAAAGAAAGAAGACUCUGACAAGAUUGGAGAGAUGCAGUACUUCCCUCCAAAUGGCACUUUCAACCUUAUGUAUUACCCUUAUUAUGGCAAGAAAGCUCAGGUGAACUACUCUCAGCCUUUGGUUGCCGUCAAGUUCCUUAACAUUACUGCCAAUCAAGAUGUCAACAUCGAGUGCAAGAUCAACUCCAACAGCAUUCCCCUUGGAAGUGAAAGAGACAAGUUUGCCGGAAGAGUGUCUUUCAAGCUGAGGAUCAACACUACCCCUAACUAGGUUGACCUUUUUUCCCCCUCUCCUGAAAACUACUUUCUUCAUUCUCUGCAACAUUGCACAUACACAGAAACAAAUCUCAGUAUUCACACCCUUUGUAGAAUUUGUUUACAACUCCCCCGCCCCCGCCCCCCUAAAUGUUUGGGGAAGUUGUUUGUCCGGUUGUGUGAUGAGACGGGGCAAGAAUAAAAAAAAAAAAGGGUGGUAAUCCUGUUAUUAUUUCUGUCUGUGAGCUUUGGGACAAAUUCUUUUCUGUAAAUUAGUUUGAGGUGGCGUCUAUUUAUACUGCAUGACAAACUAGGGGAUGUAAAGAAUGUGAACAUGUGUUUUCAGAGUUUGCAAGGAUCAGCAACAUUAACACUUUAAUUGCUGCUCCCCCUCCUGCUGCCUCCUUAUAGAGUAUCCCUCUAUAUACCAAUAUACACAAAUUACAAUACAAAAUGUGUAUAUCUACAGUAUUUAUACGGUAUCAUAACCUAAUAUCAGUACGUCUAUUUUGUUGCACUUAAAAGAAUAAUCCAACAGACUCGCAUAUAUCUUGAUGGAUGGAUGCAGAGAUGAAGCCAUUUUGCAUGUGUGUAUUGUCUUUAGUGUGCUAUGAGGGCAGGAGGCCCCCUGUGUCCCACCUCUCUGCUAAGUGUGAAAUAAGGUUAUGUUAAACCACUGACCACCAGGAGGGGCCACACUGUAAUCUACUAAACUUUACACACAGCAAGUGUGUGUUUCAAUAACCACAUACUGUAAGAUAGGCAGAAAAACAGGAGUUACAGUAGAGCUCAAAACCUUUAAGAGUGUGUGUGUGUGUGUGUGUGUGUGUGUGUGUGUGUGUGUGUAUGUGUGUUGGUCUUCAUAUAGUUGUGAGGACCAACCCAUGGCAGAAUACCAACAUUGUGAGGACAUUUGUAGUUGUGAGGACAUUUUUUCCAGUCCUCACAAAGAAAAUGCUAGGAUAGCCUCUAAAGGCCUUAAUUAAUCAUCUGUAUGAAUUUCAGGGAAGGUCCUAACAGAGAUGGUAAACCCUGAAAUGUGUGUGUUGGGCUAGGGGAAGUGGUGGUCCUCACAACUACACAAAGACAUGUAUUUGUGUGUGUGUGUGUGUGUGUGUGUGUGUGUUUGUGUGUGUGUGUGUGUCCAUUCACAGGUCUCAUUUCAUACUGUAGGUCGGGAAGUUGCAUGCAAUGUGCAAUAUUCAUUAAAUGGCAUACAUUAUGAAUGCCUGAGUCCAUUCUUUGGAUGAGAAGACAAUUAUUAAUUUGGAUCAUUUGAUAUUCACACUGGUUGUUUGACCCUGACAGCAGCUUAUUGAACAGAUGUGCUUCAUAUUUGGGUCGCUGGGAUUAUUAAUAUGAAGGCUGGUGUCAGAAUGAAUGAGAAAAAAAGGAGACGUGAGUCAUGUUUCAGUCUAACAACACCGAAACUCCCAGGCAACUCAUGGCUAAACAAAAAAAAAAUAACCACCUGAAUAUCAAAUGAAAACAGCAAAACUGAUCCUCCUGCUGCACGAUGACACUCCGCCCCUUGUCCCCUGCAUUUUAUUCCCAAAGCUUAACCAAGAGCCAUUCUUGUGUCUCCAUUUUUAUCUCAUUUAAAUAUUUAGAGUUUAUUUUUUGCAUGUGUUGCAUCUAUUUUACAUUUAUCAGAAAUAGAUGCCAUUGUCUUAUUUUGUAUUGAUUUACACUGGAAGUGUGCUUUGAAUUAAUUAAUUAUUGUACAGUUCUGAAAGACUUUCGGAGGAUGUAGAAAGUUUGUUUGUCCCUUUUCUUUCUUUCUUUCUUUCUUUCUUUCUUUCUUUCUUUCCGUCAUACCCAUUAUCAUCCUCUAAAAUUAUCAACCAGGAUAUCAAAAUGUAUACUUUUAUUAGUGACUAGAGUCUUGAAUAUGUGAGUUGGUAGUUUUGUAGAACAAAACUGGAGAGAUUUGCUUCCUUGACCACAUAGAAAAGGAUAUUUUUCAUUUAAUUUGAGUGUUUUCUUGUAGUUUUCUCCACUAUUGUACAAUCAGUCUGAAGGCAAAGUUAUAAUAAAACUUGACAACCAACCAGUUAAAAAAAAACAUAGAUUAGGCCUAAAUUUGGUGCUACUUACUUUAUGUGCAUUGCAAGAAGCACCUGUAAAUGUUGGCUGGAAGAAUCUGCAGAGUCACAUUUUGAAAUUCAGGUACAUUACUUUAGCGCGGCUACAAAUGUGCACCAAUGUGUCUGUCAUCAUGCCGUGUCAUCGCAGCAAAUGUGGAACACGAGCAUCUGUUCACUCACAUUAACGUCUGGCUCGACUCCACCGCUUAAUUUCUCUCAGAGCAAUGUGUUUUAUCGUGCAAAUAUGUCCCAGCGGUCUAAAUAGGCCUUCAUUAUUAUCGGGUCCAGAAAGACAAACUGAUCUAAUGUGAUUAUCUGAUAUUAUAUUUGAAGGGUUAUUCAGAAUGAAGGAUGUUUUUCCAACAGUCGUCUCCUUUUUCUGCUUUUUGGGACUGUUUUAGAGCCGUUCACAUGCAUUUCUCCCCUGGCAUUCCUGCAACACUAACUUAAUUUCUCUGUAAUCUCUUAAUCUGGUCAGCUAAUCCAGAGCAGGCACGCUCAACUUCUUUACCCUACUUUGUCGCUCCUCCUCCGUGUGUCAAACGCCUCAAUCUUCACAGAUGACUAAAGCAAAGUCUCUUUUUCUUAAUUCAGUCCUUUUUUUUUUUACCCCAAUCAUUAAAUCAGCAAAUAAAAUAUUUUGCUUCAUCCCCUAAUUAGACAUUCUUGUGUUACUCAUUUGCAUGUGAAGAUUAGUUCUUCAACCAAAGAUCUUCAUGACAGUUUAAUUUGAUUUGUGCUGCACUGACACAUCCUCAGCAAAGAUACUGUAGGAUCCAGCUCGAGGACACCCUGUGUUAUUAAAAGGCCUACUCUUAUAUAAUAAUAAUAAUAAUAAUAAUACGCACAAAAGAAACGUGUUUCACUACAACAUAACAGUGCCUCCUGGUGGACAGACAGUGUUGUUCCCCAGUGUCACAGAAUGUUAUUUCCUGUUAUCUCCAUUUAUCUGUUUUUCUUUUUCCAGUGAUAAUUUGCAGAUGUCCUCAAAAAAGCAAUAUAUUUAUUUCCUGUGUGGCUGUAUGAUAUUAGAAAGGCUGUAACAGAAUCUCAUCAAGAACAAGGAAGAAAUAGGAAACCGAUAUUGCAGUCAGGCAGUUCUGCCGGUGUGCAUUAUCAUGAUGGAAUAAUAUUUUAAAAGAAGUGUUGUUUUAUUUAUAAAAGAGUAUUUUUAUUGCUAUUUUGUUGUAAAGAGGAGAGAAUGUAUAAAGCUUGGAUUGUAUCAUGUCGUGGGAGCUACCUGGUAGGUUUUUAGCAUUUCAAUUCAACAAAUGGCGAAUGUUAACAGCUUGGUUGGAAACAUGUUUGUUUUUUAAUGUAGUUUUUUUUUUCUUAAAUGCACUCACAAAGCUUGCAGUGAAAGCUCUCAGAACACCUGGGCUCUACUGUAUCACAUUUAAGACCGUUAUUACAAGUAAAAACAAUCCUACAACAUGGCCCAAUGCAUAUUCAUGAUUCAAAAUAAGGAAUCAUUUCAACAAUCUCUGUUUCCCCCUCGUCUUAAAUCAUACUAUUGCCUAAGACUGUGGUGUUAAGAUAGUUCAAAAAGGAAAUCCAUGAAAUCUGUUGAGAUACAAUCGCCCCCAAAGGAUGAUAACUCUACUCUGGAUCUUUAUUUUCUGCUCUUACUGUAUGUAUAUUUUUGCUCAUGUUUACUGCAAACCAAGAUAGAGAAAUAAAUAAAUGUCAUUUAAGGGAU